AUGGUCAUGAUGGUCCAUUCUCUGAAGGAUCCAGUUCCGAGAGUUAUUAGAGUUGAAAGCAACACUGAUUUCCCCAAAUUGUUAAAUCAUCUGCAUCGUGUUACCGGAUUUGAAAAGGGGAAGUUUCAGAUUGGAUUGAUUUGCAGGUAUCCUUCUAUCGUUCAGCAAUCUAUGGUGAAGUUUGUGCGUAUGCCUAUUGUUGAUGAUUGUAGUUUAGAGACUAUGCUUGAGGUUCCAAGUUAUCAUCCUUCUAUUAGCAACGUGGAGUUGUAUUUAGAGGCCAAACAGGUUCUUAAUGAAGGUAUCAGCGCUAUUUCUAGUUCCUUGGCUAAUCAGGCUACACGGAAUCGUUCUCGGUGGGUGGAAGAAGAGGAAUGUACGGAUUGCGGUAAGUGUAACUGUGGCGAUGGUGGUAAUAGUGGGACUGCACAGAAGGAUUCAAAUACGAAAAUUCCAGGUUUAACAAAAAGCCUUGUAGAUAAUGUCUCAGAGCAGAUGAUUUUCUCUAGUUCAUGGCUUGAUGAACGUGAGUUGCAUCUUGGGAUGGUUUUCCGAGAUAAAAACGAGUUGGGUAAAGCAGUGAAGUUGUACUCUAAUCGAAGACAGCGGAUUUACACUAAGUACGAGUUUUCAGGUCCACACAGUUGUAAGCCAGCAAAUGUGAGCUCAGAUUUUCUAGCAGGUGAGCUCAAAGGUCUAAUGAUGGCUCAGCCCUCACUCUCAAUUGCAGAGCUAAACUUGUGGGUGAAAGAAGAAUUUGGCUACACAGUCUCACGUACCAAUAUGUGGGAUGCUAAAAAGAAAGUAAUCACUGCAAUCUUGGGAGAUUCAGACAAGAGUUUUAACGUAUUGCUUAAGCUCAUCUAA